CGCAAUUAGGACAAUGUUUGGAGUUAUGUCCAUUAAUAUUACUAGUUUUGAGUACUAAAUGAUUAUUGGUCUCAAACUAAAGAUUUUUGACUUUUACAGAUGUGCUUUUCCGUGUUUCUUUUUAUUUUGGUGACGUUUUAUUACGCGACGGCGUUUCAACGCGCAUGCGAUUUCGGCGAUAUUCUUCCACACGAGCCUGGUGAAAAUGGCGGAGCAAAGUUCUGUGCCGAGUGAUCUUUACAAACAUGUCUAUUCAUUUCUACUGGAGAAUAAGUUUACCAAGGCUGCCCAACUGUUCAUCAAACAAGCUAAAGUGCCACCCCAGGAUGAAAAAGAAGCUGCGGGUCUUCUUGACAUUUUCAACUUCUGGGUGAAGUCUCCCGAAGCUAAGAAACGCAAGGCGCUGCCCAUCGGUCCUAAAACCAGUGGCAGUCCGUCUGCUAAGAAGGCAAAGACUGCAGAGAGCUCCAGUGAGGAGUCAAGCAGUGACGAGGAGGAAGCAGCAGCGCCUGUCAAGGCUGCACCCACAGCAGCCAAGGCCCCACGCCCGGCUAAAUCAGACUCCAGCAGCAGCGAUGAUUCCAGUGACGAGGAGGAGGCUGUAGCAAAGAAACCUGCAGCAGCCAAAGCCCCGGUGAAGACGCCCGCGGGGUCAGCAGUCAGGAAAAAGGCCUCCAGCAGUGAGUCGUCUGAAGAUGAGGCCAAAGCUCCUGCAGCUAAACGAAAGGCUCCUGCCGCGACCCCUAAGGCGGGAAAGGCUGCAGCCGCGACCCCUAAGGCGGGAAAGGCUGCAGCCGCGACCCCUAAGGCGGGAAAGGCUGCAGCGGGGACCCCUAAGACAGCAGCUCAGAAGAAGACUGCGAGCAGCAGCAGUAGUGAAGACAGCUCCAGUGAAGACGAGGCACCCACUAAGACCCCGGUGAAACCCUCUGGCCCUGUCAAGACCCCUCCAGCUAAGGACAGUAGUUCCUCAGACAGCAGCGAUGACAGCAGUGAUGAUGAGGAGGAGGAGAAGAAGAAGAAAGUGGCAGCUAAAGCAGCCCCGGUCAAAACCACCCCGGCCAAGACUGUGACCCCCAAAGCUGCCGCAGCUGCCAGGAAGGCAGAGUCCAGCUCUGAGAGCACAGACUCCAGCUCUGAAGAAGAAGAAGCAGCAAAGAAGCCAGUGGCCAAGUCUACCCCGGCCAAGUCUACCCCGGCCAAGUCUAUCCCGGCCAAGGCUACCCCGGCCAAGGCUACCCCGGCCAAGGCUACCCCGGCCAAGGCUACCCCGGCCAAGGCUACCCCGGCCAAGGCUACCCCAGCAGAAGACUCUGACUCCAGCUCUGAGGAUGAAGAAGAGGCUAAGAAGCCAGAAGUAAUAAGGGUUAAGUCCACAGCUGUCAAAAUAACGGUUACCCCUGCCAAGGAAGACUCUUCCUCAGACUCCAGCUCAGAGGAGGAGGAGGAGGGUUCGAAGACUGUGAAAGUAGCGCCAGCUACAGCAGCAGUAACGGUGGCAAAGGUAAAGGAGCAGGGGGCCAAGACUGUGACUGUCGUGGGGGCCAAGGCUACUGUGAAGGUGGUGGAAGACGGCUCCUCUUCCUCGAGCUCCGAGGAUGACGACGAGGGGACAGUGAAAGUAGCACCAGCCAAGGCGACCCCUACCGUGACCCGGGGCAAGGCUGCUGAGUCCUCCUCGGACUCUGACUCAAGCUCAGAAGAGGAGGAAGAGGCUAAAAAGCCAGCAGCCAAGGUGACUCCAGCGAAGACUGCCCCAACUAAGAAAUCAGACUCUUCCAGCUCUGACUCUGACAGCAGUUCUGAGGACGAGACACCGGCUAAACCUGCUGCAGCUGCCCCAGCCAAGGCCCCAGCCAAGGCCCCAGCCAAGGCCCCAGCCAAGGCCCCAGCCAAGGCCCCAGCCAAGGCCCCAGCCAAGGCCCCAGCCAAGGCCCCAGCCAAGGCCCCAGCCAAGGCCCCAGCCAAGGCCGCUACAGCAAACAGCUCGGACUCCGACUCUUCUUCUGAAGAUGAUGAACCCCCAGCUAAGAAGGCUACCCCAGCCUCUGUUGCUAAACCAGGCUCCAAACUAGCCACCCCGGUUACUAAACCAGGCUCCAAACCAGCCACCCCGGUUACUAAACCAGGCUCCAAACCAGCCACCCCGGUUACUAAACCAGCCUCCAAACCAGCCACACCAGUGGUGACUAAAUCAGCCCCAGCCAAGGCAGCAGCCGAGAGCAGCUCCGAUUCAGACAGCUCGGACUCGGAGGACCAGGCUGCUGCCGCCAAGAAGACCCCCACCAAACGUGCAGCCAAGAGUCCUGCCGUCAAGACACCGGCUAAAGCUGCAGAGUCGUCAUCGUCCGAGGAGAGUAGCUCUGAGGAAGAAGAGGCCAGUAAAAAGGCUGUAAAACCCACCACCACCCCCAAGACCACCCCUAAGACCACCGCAGCAGCCAGACCUAAAGCCAAGGAGGACAGCAGCUCUUCAAGUGACUCCAGCGAUGAAGAGGCAGCAGCGCCCAAACCAGCAGCAGUGAAGGCUACAACCCCAGCCUCUGCUAAAAAGGCAGCCGAAAGCAGCUCGGACUCUUCCGACAGUUCCGACUCGGAGGUGGAGACAGAGGCCGCCAAGACAACGCCCGCUAAGCCUGCUCUGACCAAUGGAAAGCCAGCUACACCCAAAGCAACCACCUCUGCAGUCAAGGCAACGAAACCGACCAAGGCUGCCGAGUCUUCCUCUUCCGAGGAGACUAGCUCUGAGGAAGAGGCCAGUAAAAAGACUGCCACCCCCAAGACCACCCCAGCAGCCAGACCUAAAACCAAGGAGGCCAGCAGCUCAUCAGACGACUCUUCUUCUGAAGAAGAGGCGGCGGUGAAAGCACCGGCAGCAGUCACCACUCCCAUCGCUAACGGCACUGUAAACGGUAAGAGAAAAAGGGACGGAGAAGCCUCGUCAGAGGAUGAGGAAGAAUUAACGACGCCUAAAAAUAAGAAGGCAACAACAACUAAACCACAGACGUUCCCUAAAGUCUCUAAGAAGAUCAAUGUGCCUUUCCGUAGAAUAAGAGAGGAGGACAUUGAUGUGGAUAACCGACUGGCCGAUAACUCCUUCGACGCCAAGCGCGGGUCGGAUGGAGACUGGGGCCAGAGGGCCAAUGACGUGCUCCGCUUCACCAAGGGAAAGUCCUUCCGCCACGAGAAGACCAAGAAGAAGAGGGGUAGCUACUGUGGAGGAGCCAUCUCCCAGUCCGUCAACUCCAUCAAGUUCGACAGCGACUGAGAACCUAGUCAUCGUUUGUCGCUACCCCUCUUCCUCCUCUCGACCGAGGACCAGGACAGUCUGCCCCCCGACCUCCUCAGCAGCAACCUGACUGAGCUGAAGAUCAUGAACUACAUCUGAGACUGCUGCACUCAUAUAACUGGCUGGUGAUUUUUAGUUUGUGCGUCUGUGUUAAACCAGUCCUUUAAAAUGCACAUUUCUGUAAUGGUGGAAUGACGGGUGUAGAAGUGGAGACUAGCUUUCCUUGAAAUGGCGCCCUAUUGCUAUGUAGUGCGCUGCUUUUGACCUUAUUGAAAGUAGUGCACUAUACGUAGGAAAUAGGGUGCCAUUUAGCACAUAGGUAAGGCAGCAGGGGAGGUCUUGACUGUCUCCCCUGUGCUUUCAGGACGGAUCACAAAGGAUUCAUGUACAACAUAUAGCCACCAGGUGGCGGUAGUACGUCACAUUUCAAUUUAAACUGUUCAGAUUUCUUGUUUCCUUCUUCUCUCAGCCCCUUAAUCUGUUGCUUGCUGUGAUAUUGUUGGCCUGGAUCUCACACCUUCUGUCCAGUGAUUUAAAAAAUAAUGAUAAUUCAGUGGUAAAUUUAAAUUCUGUUUCUUGUGUAUUGCAGUUUGCAUUGUCAUGUAAUGGUGGAGAGAAGGGUUAUUUGUUUGAUUUUUUAUAUGGAACAUGCAGACCUGUGGUUUGAGAGUUGAAUGAAAUGUUCUUUAGUUUCUCUUUGGUAUGAUUAUUAUGGUGUGAAUCUUUCGCAGUGGGUGCGUUCCAGGCUGACUACAUUGCAGUGGCCUACCAGAUCUCACGCCUGGAUAAGGAUUCAACCGCUGCAAUGUAGUCUGUUUGGAACGUACCCGUUUUCUUCUCCUGCAGACUCAUGUACGGUCGUCACGGUUUAGAUUUUGUAGGUUUUAUGUCACUAUUUAAGUUUUUCAGCCUGGGAUCAUCCAACUGUCAUUACAAGCUGCAGUCUAAAAAAAAAUAUUAAAAAAUCCUGGGUCGUGUUCAGAAGGGUAUACUGAAACGGUAAACUCAGUAUGUUGUGCCUACUGAACAGGAUCUGGUUGCAUCUGAAAUGGCACCCUGUUCACUCCUGGUCGUAAGUAGUGUACCGUAGGGAAUACGCUGCCAUUUCAGAUGUGAUGUUGUUUCCUGCUGAGGUGAAACUGCCAGCCCCAAGUUAUUUUAAUUUUGUGAAUUUUCAAUUUCCUGUUUCUAUUCCUAUAAACACCCUUAGUCUUAUCGAGUAUUAGUAUUAUUAUUACUUGAAUAAAAUCCUUGGUUGUCCCAA